AUAACAUGUAUUAUUAUAUACAUUAGGUAGUUGCGCUAGAUUACCAAAAUUUUAAUUAUUUUUUUAUAUCUUGAUUUUUUAUAUCUUAAUACUUUUUACCUGUCACAACUGGGUUUGCGUAGUCAUGUGAAGCACUGCACUUAAUCUUCGGAAUCGAAGACAUUGGCGUCAUUAUUAGUUUUUUUUCAAUGACACGAUUCACCACACGACCUUUUCAACAAACCGAUUGCUAACUCUUUGUAAAUUCAAUGGAUACCAGCUCACAUACAACUAGCAGGAAAUGAGAAGGCUGACACACUCGCCAAGAGUGGGAGAACAAACUCACAAGUAAACUCUGCACUCUAUCCAGAAGAAAUGAAAAAAUUAAUCGUAGAUAAAAUAAAUGAGAAAUGGACGAGCUCCCAUCCAGAUCACAAGAAAGAUGAUGCUUACUAUAAGCUAUCCCGACAAGACCAACGUCUAAUCUUUCGACUCAGGACCGGACACAACAGAAUGCGACAACACAUGUUCCGGAAGCUCAAAAUUGGAACCAGUGAAAUCUGCCCAUGUGGAGUAUCACCAGAAAAUGCCGACCACGUCCUCCAAAACUGCUCUCUCUACCAAGAGGCCCGUAUAAGACAUUGGCCCCCAAUCACCCCAAUAGAAAGAAAACUAUAUGGAGAGCUCCCUGAUUUGGAAACCACUGCGCAGUUCAUCUCAUGUAUUGGUCUAGUCAUAUGAACACUCCAACAUAACAAUGAGAACGAUGAAGAAGAAGAAAUGAGUAGCCAUUAUUGUAAUUGGAAGAACCAUACACUUUUAUGGUGCUAUGACAUAACUGGCUUCAUGAGCUGACAAAAGUCUUAAAAAGUUUUUUUAAAAAAGUUAAAGAAUCUUGCUUAUAAAAACUCUGAGAAACUACUUUUACCAUGGAUGACAUCAAGGAUUACUUUACUGAGCUUAAAAAUUUCAUAAAAAUUGAGAAGAUAGAACAGUCAUUAGACUCAGAGAUGACAGACAACAGUUACAUGUAUCAAACCUCCAAAUUGGGUUUAGAAGAACAGAUACAGAAAUACGAAGAACAAAUGCAUUCAAUGCCAAUGAUGGAGGACUUGAAGCAAGACUUUACCAAUGAUCUCUGCAAAGUUAUGAAAAAUGAGAAGACAGAAUUGUCUCUACAUCCAGAGACAUCAGAUAGUUGCUUCAUUGGUCAAACCAGGGAAUCCAUUUUAUCAGACAAGACAGAGCAGGAAAUAAAUCAAAAUCGAUGUAUGUCUUACAACCAAGAUAAACCUAGAAACUCUCCUAACAAAGAUGGGCAUGCUGGAAACUUUAAAGAUGAAGAACAAAAUAGUUCAAAUGAAAAUGGAACUCUCCAGCUGGUUUCUGCUGCAAAGCAAUUCUCUAAGAACCAUGGAUUAAUGCAUAGCUCUAGAAAAACAUUUAAGUGUGACUUAUGUCAAAAACAAAUAUUUCAUAAACCUAAUUUAAAAAUUCACCUGGCACGUCAUUGUGGAAUGCACAAAAAAUUCAAAUGUCAAAUUUGUCUAAAAGAAUACAUUACCUCCACAAGUUUAAAAAUGCAUGAGAUGAUUCAUUCUGGUAAAAAGCCAUUUAAAUGUCAAAUUUGUCUAAAAGAAUUCAAUGACUACUCAAAUGUAAAAAAGCAUGAGAUGAUUCAUAGUGGUAAAAAGCCAUUUAAAUGUCAAAUUUGUGAAAAGGAAUUUACCCAAUCCUCUCAUUUAAAGCAGCAUAAAAUUAUUCAUUCUGGUAAAAAGCCAUAUAAAUGUCAGAUUUGUGAAAAGGAAUUUAGCCAAUCUUCUAAUUUAAAGCAGCAUAAAAAUAUUCAUUUUGGUAAGCUAUAUAAAUGUCAAAUUUGUCUAAAAGAAUUCCAUGACUUCUCAUAUUUCAAAAAGCAUGAGAUGAUUCAUUCUAGUGAAAAUCCAUUUAAAUGUCAAAUUUGUCUAAAAGUAUUCAUUAACUUCUCAAAUUUAAAAUACCAUGAGAUGAUUCAUUCUGGUAAAAAGCCAUUUCAAUGUCAAAUUUGUCAAAAAGAAUACAAGAGGUCCUCAAUUUUAAAAAUGCAUGAGUUGAUUCAUUCCUGUAAAAAGGCAUUUAAAUGUCAGUUUUGUCAAAAAGAAUUCAAUCAGUCCUCAAAAUUAAGGCAGCAUGAGAUGAUUCAUUCUGGUUUAGUAAAAAAAAAAAAGUUCCCCUUUCAGACCUUGUGGUCUAUAGGGCAGAUGAUGUAAAGGUCAUCUGUUUCUGUGGCCUACGGUUAACAAGGGUGUAAUGUGGCCAGCACAACGACCAACCGUCUUUACUUUUCCCUAACUAAUGUCAGGUACCCAUUAGAGCUGGGUGGACUCAGAGGCGCCCGAAGAUCCCAAAAUUAAAAUCCCAGUCUUCACCAGGAUUCGAACCCCGGUCCCCGGUUUGGAAGCCAAGCGCUUUACCGCUCAGCCACUGCGCCAUUCUGGUUUAAAGCCAUUUAAAUGUAAAAUUUGUCAAAAAGAAUUCAAUCAGUCCUCAAAUUUAAAAAAGCAUGAGAUGAUUCAUUCUGGUUUAAAGCCAUUUAAAUGUAAAAUUUGUCAAAAAGAAUUCAAUCAGUCCUCAAAUUUAAAAAAGCAUGAGAUGAUUCAUUCUGGUUUAAAGCCAUUUAAAUGUAAAAUUUGUCAAAAAGAAUUCAAUCAGUCCUCAAAUUUAAAAAAGCAUGAGAUGAUUCAUUCUGGUUUAAAGCCAUUUAAAUGUAAAAUUUGUCAAAAAGAAUUCAAUCAGUCCUCAAAUUUAAAAAAGCAUGAGAUGAUUCAUUCUGGUUUAAAGCCAUUUAAAUGUAAAAUUUGUCAAAAAGAAUUCAAUCAGUCCUCAAAUUUAAAAAAGCAUGAGAUGAUUCAUUCUGGUUUAAAGCCAUUUAAAUGUAAAAUUUGUCAAAAAGAAUUCAAUCAGUCCUCAAAUUUAAAAAAGCAUGAGAUGAUUCAUUCUGGUUUAAAGCCAUUUAAAUGUAAAAUUUGUCAAAAAGAAUUCAAUCAGUCCUCAAAUUUAAAAAAGCAUGAGAUGAUUCAUUCUGGUUUAAAGCCAUUUAAAUGUAAAAUUUGUCAAAAAGAAUUCAAUCAGUCCUCAAAUGUAAAAAAGCAUGAGAUGAUUCAUUCUGGUUUAAAGCCAUUUAAAUGUAAAAUUUGUCAAAAAGAAUUCAAUCAGUCCUCAAAUUUAAAAAAGCAUGAGAUGAUCAUUCUGGUUUAAAGCCAUUUAAAUGUAAAAUUUGUCAAAAAGAAUUCAAUCAGUCCUCAAAUUUAAAAAAGCAUGAGAUGAUUCAUUCUGGUUUAAAGCCAUUUAAAUGUAAAAUUUGUCAAAAAGAAUUCAAUCAGUCCUCAAAUGUAAAAAAGCAUGAGAUGAUUCAUUCUGGUUUAAAGCCAUUUAAAUGUAAAAUUUGUCAAAAAGAAUUCAAUCAGUCCUCAAAUGUAAAAAAGCAUGAGAUGAUUCAUUCUGGUUUAAAGCCAUUUAAAUGUAAAAUUUCAUCAAAAAGAAUUCAAUCAGUCCUCAAAUGUAAAAAAGCAUGAGAUGAUUCAUUCUGGUUUAAAGCCAUUUAAAUGUAAAAUUUCAUCAAAAAGAAUUCAAUCAGUCCUCAAAUUUAAAACAGCAUGAGAUGAUUCAUUCAUUUUAAACAGAUAAAAAGCCAUUUAAAUGUCAAAUUUCAUCAAAAUUUACUCAAUCCUUAAAAAUAAAACAGCAAGAGUUGAUUCAUUCUGGUAAAAUGCCAUUUAAAUGUCAAAUUUGUCACAAAGAAUGUACUCAUUCCUCAAAAUUAAAACAGCAGAAAUGAUUUAUUCAGAUUAAAAGCCAUUGAAAUAUUGAAUUUAUAACAAAAAAUAAUUCUCUUAUUCCUAUUAUUCAAACAAUCAUGUGAUGAUUCAUCCAGGUAAAAGCUAUUUAAAUGUCCAAUUUCGCCAAAAAAGCAUUCAUUCAAUCAUCAAAAUGAGAUGAUUCCUUAUAGUAAAAAGCUGUCUAAUCUAGUUAAUUUCCUCCCUCUGAGAACUACAGACAUGACUGAAUGAAGUCAUUGUUGAGGUUUUAAAACAUUGAACAUCUCUUCUUUAAAAGUAGUAUUCAUUUUGUAACAAGUUAUUGUAAUAUGCUACUUUUUUAAAACAAAAAAUAUUGUCUAGAAUCUCUAUGAGCUUUUAAUUGAUCAUUCAGGUAUGCAUCCUUUUAACUGUCUCUCAUGGCAAAAAUCAGUUUAUUAGUUAUUCUCAGAUUCUAGAUUCAGAAAUAGAGGAAGCAAUAAAAUCACUUAAAGGUGGCAAGUUGCCUGAAAUUGAUAAAAUACCAUCAAAACUUUAAAUGCAUUACAUAUAACUAGAAGUUGAAAGACAAUCUGUCAGAAAAUAUGGGAUGAAAAAACAGCCAAAAGAAUUAAAUAUUUCACUGCCGAAGAAAGGAAACGUGAGACAAUGCCAAAACUCAAGAAGCCAGAGCAAGAUAAUACUAAGAAUAAUUCUUAACAGAAUGAUGGCAUGUGAUGAGGGAGCUCAACAUAGAUAAAAAAUAUUAUUGAUAUUAUCAAAGCCAUACCGGUAUAUUAAAAUAUGAUAUGAUAUGAUACUUCUAGAAAAAAAUCUGCUGCCAUGAGAAACUGGAAACUCUGAAAGAGUAGCAUCAGCUUUCCCAUAAAAUUAAAGUGGUAUUCUUUCCUGGUGGUCUCUGCGUAUUGUUGUAAAUGUUGGAUACUGAACACUCAGGCUGAAAGAAGUAUCCAAGCCUUUGAGAGUAAAUGUAACAGAAAAAUGCUGGGAUACCAGCAAAAGAAGACACAGGAGUCAAAAUAAGUUAACACUCUGGUUGGCAAAAAGAAAGAACUCAAUAUUGUGAAGAGACAAAAGCUGAGCUGGUUUGGUCAUAUUGUAAGACACACUCGCUUCCAAAGGUCAUUCUUCAAGGUACAGUGGAAGAAAGGGUCAUCCUAAGAAAAGGUGGCUAGAUAACAUGAAAGAAUGGAUCAGCCUCUCUCUUGAUAUCCUGCUAAGAACAGCUGUUGACUGGGAAAAGUGGAGGGAUUUGUUAUGCGAACUAUCACAGCACCCUGAUGAUGAAGCUCAAGAGACAGAGAGUUAAAACAACAAUAUCAGUUGAUUGAAAAAAAACAAAAAUUUUAAUUUGUCAUUAAAAAAAUGUAUAUAGUCAUAGCGGAGCUGACGAUGAUAUACUAAUUCGGAUCAAUAAAGCCAGGUUUGCCUUUUCAACUCUUCAAACUAUCUGGCGCUCUGAGGCAUUAUCUCUACACAACAAGAUACGAAUCUAUAAUACAAACGUCUGUCCUUCUAUAUGGUUCAGAAACUUGGAGAGUCACUAAAACAAAUAUGGAAAAGUUCCAGAUCUUUGUUAUCAGAUGCCUACGCCGUAUAUUAGGAAUUAGGUGGCCAGAAAAGAUAACUACUAUCGAUUUGUGGGAGAAAACUAGACAAAAGCCCAUAGCCCAAGACAUCACAAAACGAAAAUGGAGCUGGAUAGGACACACCUUGCGAAAACCAGCUACCAGUGUUGCAAGGCUGGCACUUGACUGGAACCCACAAGGAAAGAGGAAAGUGGGCAGACCCAAGCAAACCUGGAAGAGGUCAGUCAUCAGUGAAGCUGAGGGUACUGGAAUGACAUGGGAGCAGAUGAAGAAAGCUGCUCAGAACCAAGUUCAGUGCAGAGGUGUGAUUGCGGCCCUAUGCUCCCCUGGGAGUGCACAGGAUUAAGUCAAGUCAUAUAGAUUAUUAAUGCCACAUUGCAGGGAAACCUAGAAAGUGCCUGGAAUUUAGUUUUAGCCCAAAUAUUCCAGGAAAGCCUAUGAAAAACAUUUUUUUCAUUUUUUUGAACCACCCAAAAUAAUAAUAUAUUACCAAAAAAAAAUGACAUUAUGCCAGUAAAGUUCAAAGCUAGAUUUGUAUUUAUAUGAUUUACAUGCAAGUCAAUAUUUCAAUUUAAGGAUUCGCUAGUUGUUAUUAGUCUAGUUAAAUCACAUCUACCAGUUUUUCAAAUGUUGAUUCCUUGUUCCUUGAAUUUUCAAUGCAUUUCAAACUUUUGUCUAAAGUAUUGGGUGGUAUAAAUAGGCAACAUUUUCCCUGUCCUACAUUUUACUGCAGGAACAGCUGAUUAUGAAAUGGUUACCAAAAUCACUUGCCAACGUGCAAUAGAUUUUUUUAAAAUUUGUAAAACAAUAUAUCACUGCUGUCAACGGCAAAAACAAGUUUAAAAAGUUCAGUUUUUAGCCCUAAGACACUGUUUCAGAUCAAUAAAACAAAUGAGCAUGGCAGCAACAUUUUUUAUUUCUUUUUAUGAUAAACUUUUUCCAGUACCGGUAAGUGAUUUAAAUUGUUUGAAAUGUUUCAAGAAGGGAAGUGUAGAAAGUGCUAUAAUUUUUAGGGAGUUGCUUUCCAUGGAUACAAAAUGAAAUGAAUUAGAUGUAAGUUUUUUGACAGACCUUGAGCAAAAAAAACAACAAAAAAAUUAAUUGCGGUAGAAGUGUCUUAUCACACAUCCCUCUUACAUUGUCAAAAAUACUUUGUACAUAAAACAGUGGCAAUUUUAGAUAAAACAUUAAACCAUAAUCUUCAAAUUUUCAUGAAAGAUGCCUUUCCAAAACACUCGAUUCUUAAGGACAAUCUGCACCCAUUAAACUACUGUUACAUAAGAUCUGAACGAAGUGGUCGUCUCCUUUCCAUUAGGACUAAAACAGAAAGAUUUAAAAACUCCUUUAUCCCACUUUCUGUCAGUGUUACGAGAUCAGCUGUCGUCAUCGAGAAGUACAUUGAUGUCAAAGUCGUAAAGCGCUGGUUGUUAAUGUGUAUGUGUUUCGUGUGUGAAUGUUGUUAGAAUUUUUCAUCUUCACUGUUAUCGUACAGUAUUCACUUUUGUACAACACAAAUUUAAUGUAAUAUUGUCAGACUGAUUAAUAUUCUUUUUCCUUUUUUGAAAACAUGCAUGACCUUUCAACUUGUUUAAUUUGAAUGCAAAUAUACCAGUAUGUGAAAAGAAUCAUUCUAAUAAAAAAUGUCUAACAAGAUUUCAAAAACUAUUGAGUGCAAUAAUGAAUUGGUCAACUCUAAAAAUAACUUAAAGGUAUAUUAAAAAUUCUAGUGCAUUACUUUUAGUUAACUUCUAAUGUAUUGCUACAGUUUCGGCUUCAAAACCUCACCAGUUAGCUGCUCUUUCUUUGAAUACAGCCUAUUUACAAGAAUAUUUAGAGGGAAUGAGUUUAGGUUUUUCUUAAAACUUUAAAAAGAUGUAAUUUAAGUUCAAGUGAUUGCGCUAGGAUGUUGUAUAAACAUGAAUGUGUUGUAAGUAGUACUUGUUAAGAAAUAUUUGAGUAGAAAUAAUUAAUAUGAUAUUCAUUAAGAAUCACAAACAUCUGAGUAGAAUCACAAACAUCAGAUUUAGUGUUAAUGUAACAUGUUUUUAAUUGGAUUUUCUUAUUGUUUUCUUUCUUGCAAAAUGAAUUUCGUUUAAUUGAAACAAAACAUUUCAAUCUGUUGUCUUUUUGUAUAUCAUUGUCAAGAGCAGGGGUGUGUAAGAUGUGAGAUUGUGUGUGUGCUUGUUUAUUUUAUUAGUUGUGAGUUUUCAAGGGAAUAAAUAGGGUAUCCAGUGGUCAGUCUAGUCAGUUGGAGAAUAGGGUGUGGAUGGUUGUUAUGGUUAGAGUAAGGAGAUAUUAUUCUUUCUGUGUGUGUAUUGAAUAUUUUUGGGUAAUGCUAUGGUGUUUGAUGAUAUCCUUAAGAUAAUGCAUUAUUAAAUCUAGGUCUAAGUGCCCUUGGAUGCUGGUAUGUAAUCUGGGCACAUUUAAUACUCUCUAAUAUAUUAUGCUUGUGCAUUUUAUAUUAUAUGUGUAACCCAUGCAUGCUGUAAAUAAAUCUUAUAAGUUUAUAUAUAGAGUUCCUCCAUCGUGGUUCGAUGAUGACCACUUUGUCAUCCAAAGAGGGGGGGGGGGGUUUGAGGGCUUUGCACUGGGGUUUUAUGCCUCCUCAUGUGGCUGGUGAGACCUAUGUGAGCCCGGAAUGUUUGGCCGCACACUGGGCAGGGUAUUCCAGCUGGAGCUAGUGUCAUUGGCCUUGCUUUUCUUUUCUGGCGUUUUUGUUCUGCCAGCGUUUUUCUAUUUUCCUCAGCAACCUGUGCGCCAGUUUUCACAGCGCGACGCCAUGAUGCUCUGUCAUGUGCCUCUGUCUCCCAGAUGGCUGGGUCUAUGCUACGCUUUCCUUCGCUUAGUUGGCCAUACAAGAGUCGUUUAGGGAUGCGGCGGUCUUCCAUUCUGCAGAUGUGUCCAGCCCAUCGCAGCUGGGACUACAUCAGGAUUGUGUGGAUGCUUUGCAAACCCGCUUUUCGAAGGACUUCAGUAUCUGGGAUUUUUGUCUUGCCAUUUGACAUUCAGUAUUUUACUUAGACAUGUCAUGUGGAAGUGGUUCAGUUUCUUUGCAUGUUUUCUGUACACUGUCCACGUUUCUGAGGCAUAGAGCAAUGUAGGGAGGAUGAUGGCUCGAUAGAUCCCUAGCUUUGUAUUUGUUGAUAAGUUUAUACUCUAUUGUUGAGUGUUGAUACAAUAGUUGUUCCUAUUAAAGUAAUCUGGAAUGGUCAACCUCUUCAUAUAUAUAUGUACAAACCAUUAUCAGAAUCAUACCCUUAGUACAGUGUGGUGUCGUGUUCACCCACAUCAAGCCAUUUGUCUUCAGUAAGAACUAACCUAAGUUCUUUAUAAUCAUUAAGACUUGGAACACCGAAGAUCAAACCAGAAUAUUUAUUGUCAUGAGAGUCAUAUUGUACCCGGUGUUAUUUUCAAGAGCACAGUCCUGGAUCUAAGUUUUGUCUAUGCACCAAAUUUCCUUUUUGAUUUAGAACAAUACAUUUGACACCAACCUGGUUUGAGUUGUAUGAGGGAUAUCAUUGUUUAUAAUGCCUAAUUUGGUGGUUCUUUUUAUUCUUCUUCAAAGUUGACUCCUAAAAUCUAAGCAACACAUGGGCAGCUGAGGUUUGAAAUCAGUCUUAGUAACACAUGGGCAGCUGAGGUUUGAAAUCAGAGUCUUAGUAACACAUGGGCAACUGAGGUUUGAAAUCAGAGUCUCAGCAACACAUGGGCAACUGAGGUUUGAAAUCAGAGUCUUAGUAACACAUGGGCAGCUGGGGUUUGAAAUCAGAGUCUUAGUAACACAUGGGCAGCUGGGGUUUGAAAUCAGAGUCUUAGUAACACAUGGGCAGCUGGGGUUUGAAAUCAGAGUCUUAGUAACACAUGGGCAGCUGGGGUUUGAAAUCAGAGUCUUAGUAACACAUGGGCAGCUGGGGUUUGAAAUCAGAGUCUCAGCAACACAUGGGCAGCUGGGGUUUGAAAUCAGAGUACCUGUACAAAUGUAUUUCUCCCAAAUUUAGCUGUGCCUUCACCUGUCAGUAGAAGCAAUUCAAAGUCACAAGAGUAGUUCAGGGACUGGAUUUUGUUCUGAGAGAAACUAUUUGAGAGUCAUAUCAGUUACGAUCUAUUUCUAGAGCUCACAUACACUUCUUUGGCCCAUCAGUUGCUAUGGUGGGAAAAUGUACAUUCUGUUUACAACUAUAUUGGAAAGCCCCCACCACUGUGACACAUUCUGGCCCACGAGUUCCAGAAGAGUUACACUUUGCAUCUCCUGUGAAGUGAUACAAAGAGUCAACAGGGGGGUUUUGACACUUUAGUCCACACUAUUCGCUUUUUUUUUUUGCUGUUAUUUAUAUCUAGACUCAGGUAUUGGUAUAAAGAAAAGUAAUAGUCCAAACAAAGUAACAGUCCAAAACACAAACAAAGCAGGACA